AUGGCAACAGAAGAGAGGCCGCCAGGCCAGCAGCAGGAGGCAGAUGCAGGGAUUGCAAGCGCUCAGUUUGGAACCGUGGAAAGUUUGGAACACAUACUUUGCUCCCUCUUUGCAACUGUGGGAACUUCCCUCCCGCACACGCGGUGCCUGCAGCUCCGAACUCCAAGCACCGCUGCCCGGCGGCGGUCGCCAGCGCUUCCCGGGCAGGCGAACCUCCGUAUCCAACCCGCGCACGGCAGCAUCCCCGGGCCCGCCGGGGACAAAGCGCCCUGUCUUGCCGGCGGGGCCCGUGGCUUGAGCGCUCGUCGACUCUCUGGGCUGCGGGCACUGGGGAUGCUAUCGGCCCAAGGAAGCUUUACGGCGCUCCCCGGACCCUCCAGUAAGCCCAGUUCCCUGGGGGGUGCCGGGGUGCGCGGAGCCCCCUGCUCCUGUCCACCGCCCUUGACUCUAUGUUGUCGCUUCCCUGAGCUAGUGACUUCCCGCUCCCAGGGGCACAAAGCUCGGCGUGUGGUGUUUGGGGGAAAGGCUGGACGAUGGCCUCAUCUCCCCAGCUCUCCCAGGCACGCAGCCCCUUGGGUUCGGUCAGUGAGCGGGGUGCAGAAGCAGCUCCGGAGGUUCGGCCUGCCCCCAGCCAGGACCCCGGGCCCUCUCUGGGGUCGGGAGCAGGGAGGCGGUCGCCGGCGACUUCUGGGGUUUCGCUCAUCAAAGUGGGGCUCCGAAGGGGGCGACGAGAGCUUCCCAGCGCACCGCGCCGUGCUGGCUGCUUGCAGCGAGUACUUUGAGUCGGUGUUCAGCGCCCAGUUGGGCGACGGCGGAGCUGCAGACGGGGGUCCCGCUGACGUGGGGGGCGCAGCGGCGGCUCCAGGCGGCGGGGCUGGGGGCAGCCGGGAGCUGGAGAUGCACACCAUCAGCUCCAAGGUGUUUGGGGACAUCCUGGACUUCGCCUACACUUCCCGCAUCGUGGUUCGCCUGGAGAGCUUCCCCGAGCUCAUGACGGCUGCCAAGUUCCUACUGAUGAGGUCGGUCAUUGAGAUCUGCCAGGAAGUCAUCAAACAGUCUAAUGUGCAGAUCCUGGUGCCCCCUGCCCGGGCAGACAUCAUGCUCUUUCGGCCCCCUGGGACCUCGGACUUGGGCUUCCCUUUGGACAUGACCAAUGGGGCAGCCUUGGCAGCCAACAGCAAUGGCAUCGCAGGUAGCAUGCAGCCCGAGGAGGAGGCAGCCCGGGCUGCUGGUGCAGCCAUUGCCAGCCAAGCCUCUCUGCCUGUGUUACCUGGGGUGGACCGCUUGCCCAUGGUGGCUGGACCCCUGUCCCCCCAACUGCUGACUUCCCCAUUCCCCAAUGUGGCAUCCAGUGCCCCUCCCCUGACUGGCAAGCGAGGCCGGGGCCGCCCAAGGAAGGCCAACUUGCUGGACUCAAUGUUUGGGUCCCCAGGGGGCCUGAGGGAGGCAGGCAUCCUUCCAUGUGGCCUGUGUGGGAAGGUGUUCACUGAUGCCAACCGGCUCCGGCAGCAUGAGGCCCAGCAUGGUGUCACCAGCCUCCAGCUGGGCUAUAUCGACCUUCCUCCUCCGAGGCUGGGUGAGAAUGGGCUACCCAUCUCUGAGGACCCCGAUGGCCCCCGAAAGAGGAGCCGGACCAGGAAGCAGGUGGCAUGUGAGAUCUGCGGCAAGAUCUUCCGAGACGUGUACCAUCUCAAUCGGCACAAGCUUUCUCACUCGGGGGAGAAGCCCUAUUCCUGUCCAGUGUGUGGGCUGCGGUUCAAGAGAAAAGAUCGUAUGUCCUACCACGUGCGGUCCCACGAUGGGUCGGUGGGCAAGCCCUACAUCUGCCAGAGCUGUGGGAAAGGCUUCUCCAGCUCCUUGAAUGGUGGGUCACAUUGUGCAAGUGUCAUCCUGGGGACACUGGCUCCCCAUUGGGCCUGCUUCUGGUUCCCAGCAGUUUGCAGGGGCUACCAUGGCGAGGGCAGGGUGUGGGUUGGGAGCAGCAGCGGCCUGCCGCCCCUGGAAUCUCUUCCUAGCGACCUGCCAUCAUGGGACUUUGCCCAGCCUGCUUUGUGGAGGUCGUCCCAUUCGGUUCCUGACACCGCCUUUUCCCUUUCUCUAAAAAAAUCAUUCCCAGCCCUUGAAAACCUGGGCCCAGCACACUCCAGCAGCGCUCUCUUCUGCCCAGCCCCGCCAGGAUAUCUGAGGCAGGGCUGGACUGCCUCAGAGGGCAGCCGGGCCUUUACUCAGUGGCCUACCUGCAAUGCUUCUUUUGCCACUCGAGACCGUCUGCGCUCCCACCUGGCUUGUCAUGAAGACAAGGUGCCUUGUCAGGUGUGUGGGAAGUACUUGCGGGCAGCGUACAUGGCAGACCACCUGAAGAAGCACAGUGAGGGGCCCAGCAACUUCUGCAGUAUUUGUAAUCGAGGUUUCUCCUCUGCCUCCUACUUAAAGGUCCAUGUUAAAACCCACCACGGUGUUCCCCUUCCCCAGGUCUCCAGGCACCAGGAGCCCAUCCCGAAUGGGGGAGCAGCGUUCCACUGCGCCAGGACCUAUGGCAACAAAGAAGGCCAGAAAUGCUCACAUCAGGAUCCGAUUGAGAGCUCUGACUCCUACGGUGACCUCUCGGACGCCAGUGACCUGAAGACGCCUGAGAAACAGAGCACCAAUGGCUCCUUCUCCUGCGACAUGGCAGUCCCCAAAAACAAAAUGGAGUCUGACGGGGAGAAGAAGUACCCCUGCCCUGAAUGCGGGAGCUUCUUCCGCUCCAAGUCCUACUUGAACAAACACAUCCAGAAGGUGCAUGUCCGGGCGCUUGGGGGCCCCCUGGGGGACCUGGGCCCUGCCCUCGGCUCACCUUUUUCUCCCCAGCAGAACAUGUCUCUCCUCGAGUCCUUUGGGUUUCAGAUUGUUCAGUCAGCGUUUGCAUCAUCUUUAGUAGAUCCUGAGGUUGACCAGCAGCCCAUGGGGCCUGAGGGGAAGUGA